UGCUGAAAGUUACUGAAGAACUAUUAAUGUAAGCAUAAUAAUUGAAUAUUCCAGGAUUUCCUCGCUGCACUGAUUUUAUUUGCACUUUAAAGUCUUGGUGCUGGAAUAAUUCUCUCUGAAAAGAGUAAAAACAAGUUUUGAGGGUGUAGUUAAAAAUAGAUUUGAUACAUUCUAGUAAUAAAAUAAUCUUUUGUAAAUAAAACUGAAUUGUGAUUAUUUAUGAAAUUAUUGUUAUUUUAAGUAGUAUGCUGUGGUUAUGUUGGGUUGUAUUGUUUGUUGUAGUCUUUGUAUGGAGGUUUCAUAGCUUGUACAAGAGUAUUUUUUCCCUUUUUAGGACUUUAUAUAUUUCAGUGGUGAGCUGAGCACAUUUGAGGUUUGGUAUCGCCAUGUCUUUCCUGUGGCCCGUUGUCCUCUCGUGACCCCAAUGACCUCAACAGCAGUUUUGACCAUAGAGUCAGCUUUGACCCCCUACCCUUUCUCUGACCCCUGAGAAAAGACAUUCAGUGACCACGUGCAUAAGCUGUGUUGGGGUGGUCUUCCAAAUGCCUACCUCACGCCUAAAGAGCAAAUCACUGCAGCCACAGGCCUGAUCAGCAGCUACCAUGACAUCAAGCAUAGGGGAUGAUUGUAGCAUCUUUGAUGGGUUGAUGGAAGAAGAUGAAAAGGACAAAGCAAAACGCGUGUCCCGUAACAAGUCUGAGAAGAAGCGGAGAGACCAGUUCAAUGUCCUCAUCAAGGAACUCGGCACGAUGUUGCCGGGCAACACCAGGAAGAUGGACAAGUCCACCAUCCUGCAGAAAAGCAUUGACUUCCUGUGUAAACACAAAGAGAUUGCAGCCCAGUCGGAGUCGAGUGAGAUCAGGCAGGACUGGAAGCCUCCAUUUCUCAGCAAUGAGGAGUUCACCCAGCUCAUGCUGGAGGCUCUGGAUGGAUUCUUUAUAGCAAUAAUGACUGAUGGGAACAUCCUCUACGUCUCUGAGAGUGUCACCUCACUACUUGAACAUCUACCGACUGACUUGGUGGACCAGAACCUGUUAAACUUCCUGCCACUCGGGGAACACUCUGAUGUGUACAAGGCGCUGUCCACACACCCCACCGACCACGACAACCUUAGCUCCGAUUACCAAAAGACUAAGAACCACAUGGAGUUCUGCUGCCAUAUGCUGCGAGGGGCCAUUGACCCCAAAGAACCGCCCGUCUACGAGUAUGUCAAGUUCAUUGGCAACUUCAAGUCCCUCAACAAUGUUCCCAACGUGACGAGGAAUGGUCUAGCAGGGGUGUUACAGCGCUCACUGCAGCCUGCGUUCGACGACCAGGUGUGCUUCGUAGCCACAGUUCGGCUGGCCAAACCUCAGUUCAUCAAGGAAAUGUGUACAGUGGAAGAGCCUAAUGAAGAAUUCACCUCGAGGCACAGCCUAGAAUGGAAGUUCCUCUUCUUAGACCACAGAGCUCCACCAAUCAUAGGCUACCUGCCGUUCGAGGUUCUGGGAACAUCAGGGUACGACUAUUACCAUGUGGACGACCUGGAGACAUUAGCCAAGUGUCACGAACACUUGAUGCAGUACGGUAAAGGAAAGUCUUGCUACUAUCGUUUCCUGACUAAAGGUCAACAGUGGAUCUGGCUUCAGACGCAUUACUACAUCACCUAUCACCAGUGGAACUCUCGACCUGAGUUUAUCGUCUGUACGCACACAGUAGUCAGCUAUGCAGAGGUCAGGGCCGAACAGCGCAGAGAGCUGGGCAUUGAAGAGUCCAACCCGGAAGGGACUGUGAAUAAGAGUCAGGACUCGGAGUCAGAGUCACAGCUGAAUACCUCCAGCCUCAAGGAGGCUCUGGAGCGAUUUGAUCGCAGCCGAACGCCCUCAACAUCCUCACGAAGUUCUCGGAAGUCCUCGUCGCAUGUCUCUGACAACACUUGCACCUCCUCUAAGCUACACAUGGACACAGCCACACCUCCUCGGCAGUCCAUGGCCUCCACCAUGGUGAUGACGUCACAGCGGCGCUCAUCAAUCAGCAGCCAGUCGAUGAGCUCUCAGACCACGAGCCAGAGUGUAACUCCAGGGAUGAUCACUCAGCAGCAGCAGCAGCAGCAGCAGCAGCAACAACAACAACAACAACAACAACAACAACAACAACAACAGCAACAGCCACAACAGCAACAGCCACAGCCACAACAGGCAAACGUACAGCCGGUGAUGGAGUUCUCAGCGCAGGUGAAUGCCAUGCAGCAUCUGAAGGAUCAACUGGAACAGAGGACAAGACUAAUCCAAGCCAACAUCCAGCGGCAGCAGGACGAGCUGAGACACAUCCAAGACCAGCUGCAGAGGGUGCAGGGACAGGGCAUACAGAUGUUGUUGCAGCAGCAGGGAGGAGCGAUGAAUGUGCAGCUCCCUCAGAUGGGGUCGGUCCAACAAACAGCCAACUUGACCAACCAGGUCCAGCAAACAACAAUUAACCCCGUCCAUUCAGGAACACAGCAGCUCACCAUCCAGCAGCAGGCCCCGCCCCCCCAGCAGAACAUACAACAGCAACAGCAGCAGACCAAUGCACUCACACAGCCCCAGCGUCAGCCCCAACAACCUCCGCAGGCUCAGCCCCAGGCCCAGGGCUCCGUUUCUGCUCCACUCUACAACACCAUGAUGAUUUCCCAGCCCGGGCAGCCCAACGUGCUGCAGAUCAGCACCAGCUUGCCGCAGACCAACACACAGCAAGGCACCGCGGUGGCAACCUUCACACAAGACCGACAGAUCCGCUUCCCAGCAGGGCAGCAGCUGGUGACCAAGCUGGUGACGGCGCCAAUGGCCUGUGGAGCAGUGAUGGUGCCCACCUCCAUGUUCAUGGGGCAGGUGGUCACUGCCUACAACCCCUUUGGUGGACAACAGCAGGGGGGGCAGACACAGACCCUGACCCUGCAACCAGCCCAGCCCCCCCAAGGUCAGCCUGAUGGCCAGAACCAGACCACUGUAGUGGCACAGGGCGGGCAGCAGGGGCAGCAGCAACAACAGCAAUUCCUACAGGGCACUCGUCUUCUCCACAGUAACCAGUCUACCCAGCUGAUUCUGCAGGCAGCUUUCCCACUCCAACAACAGGGCACUUUCACACAGGCAACUCAUCAACAGCAACCACAACAACAGCAACAACAGCAACAACAACAGCAACAACAGCAGCAACAACAACAACAGCAACAACAGCAGCAACGGCAACAGCAGCAGCAGCAACAAUCCCACCACCAGAGGCACCAGCAGCAGCUGAAACCUCAGCCCCAGAAACCGCAGAAAGCCCCAUCGUCGCACAGGACUGAGAGUGUCAGCAGCCAGCCGCAGUGAAGUCUGGAGGAGAAAACAUUGGGAUUUAGAACUCGGAGGGGAGUUGCUGCGUAUAUUGGUUUUGUUCACCUGGCUGUCGCAAAGUCCAUUUUCCCCAAAAAAUGUGUCGUCCCAUCUUCCUCCAUCUGAAAGAAAUUAAUCAUAGGAAAGAGGAGAGCCCGUGAGUCCUCAAGGAACUCACCAUAGAUUGUCACCAUGGCAACAGGAUUGAUUCAAAUCCACCAAUUGUGAAGGAAGAUCCAGUCUCCGUGGAAACCUGACAAAAAUACAAAGAACACCUUAUCGCCAUGGUAACAACAGAUUGUUUCGAAGGUGUGUCAAAGUGGACUGUGACCUUGUAGAGAUUUACUGUAUGAUAAAAGAAAAACUUGUAAAUAUCAUAUAUAGCCUAACAGAAAAACAGAAAUGUAGUAUUUUAUAUGAUUGCAUGGAAAGAAAAACUGUGUAAGCUUUUAUUAGUCGCUUUUGAAAAUUGAAUUUUUACUUUGUUCAAGUGUUUUCUGGUCAAAGAUGGAGCAAUGACAUGCUCUGUCAAUCUUCUCCCACCCCCUUCUCUUAACAAAAAAACACGGUUCGGAAUAACACGGCUUUAAAGUUCUGCAGUUUGGUUGGGUUUGGGUUUUUUUGUGGAAGUUGUGUUUUUAAACACUGUGUCUCUGAGACAAAAAUGGCUCUUUUUAACUUUGUAAGUACAAAUUAUCUUUGGCAAAAAAAAAAAAAACAAGACCACAGUUUGACUGUUUGCAGAAUGAUCACUGUACGUAUAACGGGUUUAGUGAUUCCAAGUGCCAAUAACAUAGUCAGUAAUGUUUUUUUGUUUUUAAAGCAGACUAUUCAAAGGCGUAUAUAUAUUUUCCAACAAGAUAUUACCCCUAUUAAAGUUAAUGUGUGUGUAUAUAGUAGGGAUUAUUUUUUAACAGUCAGAGAGCCCUAUAAGUAACAAACGGUAUAUCCUCAACCUCCUGAAACUUUAGCACUUGAUGUGGUUGUGUACAGUAAAUCACUGUCAAGACCUAGUUGUUUGUUAUCUGUGGUGUGAUUCUGUGAGCUAGUGUGUGCUUUUGGGAAUACAAUCUUGGUGUGCAUGAGUGGGCAUGAGAGUGUGUGUGUGUGUGUGUGUGUGUGUGUGUGUGUGUGUGUGUGUGUGUGUGUGUAUGCUUGUUGCCCCUUGUGUCUUACGAUAUUUGACUUAGUAAGGGUGAAGUUGCUGGAUGGUACUUGUAUUCUCAGGAACAUGGAAAGUUUUUUGCUUCUGCCUCAGUCUGGAACCAGACAUGGAAGGAUAAGACGUUGAUGCUGCAAAGACCAAGAAGUGUCAGUGUGAAAAGUGCGACUGGUGCUAGUAAAAUCCGUCCCAGAUUUCUCCCUUCUCAUUUCCUUAUACAAAUAGUAUGAAGGGAAAAGUCUUAAAGACAGUAAGAAUAUCCUGUUAUUUCAGUAUCUAAAAAUCUGACUUUAAACUUGAUCCUUUUCUGUUGAUAAGAUAUGACAGUUUAGAAAUAUAGAAAAGGGAUUUUCAGCUAUUCCUCCAGAUUGGAAUAGAUUGACUCCAUAGCACCAGCAUUUCUUCUCACUGUCUCGUGGUCUUCUGUAUCAUCAAUGUUUCUCCUUCUAUCUCUUCCUAGGCCUCAGAAACCCUCAUGCAGUUCAGUUCACUCCUCUGGUAAAACAAAGCUGGGCCCCUAUCCAUACAUGGAUGGAGGUGGGCUCAGCCCCUCUACUACAGCUGUAAGCCAUAUCAAACAGAAAAGCCUUGGAUUGGAGGAAGUGUAAUGGUUGGCAGUGGAGCAUUUAGAAUUUGUUGUUUUGACUGUAGUUAAGACUGUGUGUGUGUGCGUGUGUGUGUGUGUGUGUGUGUGCACUUCUGUGAUUAGCGUCUUCUACUUCUUGUAUCACUGGGGGGUCAGUACUGGUUUCCCCUUGCGAUUGCCAAUCAGUUCUUGCGUUGCAGUAAAAAGAAAUAAUUGUAAUAUUCAAGAAACUUCCUCUCCGGUUGGGCCCAGUGUUCUGCAAGCCCGUGUGUGGGACAGCUCAACUUGAAAACAUGUUUGUGUGAAAGAAAGUUAGUGUGCAUGUCACUGUAACCUGUUAUAUUUUCAUAUGGAAACAGAUGUGUGACUGGGAAAAAAUGGAUGUAUCACCUGUCGGGCUUUGAAAAAAAAUGCGCAGUGUUAUUGUUUUACAACGAGAGAUUGCUAAACCAACACUUAUCACGACAGCUACACAUCCGACAGGUUUCAAAUGGUUACACUCUGAGAUUACGUUUUUGAAGCAGAUUGACAAUUUUUGUGACAAAGCAGGGAAAAUGCUUCUCUUUACUUUGUCUACAAAUAAUGACUGAAAGAAAGAGAUUUAGAAGGUCUUACUGUUUGAACCAGGUCUUCCACCCUUCACAUAAAAGAUAUAAAUCCUCUGUAGACUAGUAUGUGUUCAAGGCAUCACUCUUAAGGGUAAUGUUGAAAUAUUUAUAGUUUGUGUCACUAAUACCCAGCCCAAAGAAUGUAAAGGUGUUUUAAAGAGACUAAUGGAUGUUGUGACUGUUGGUUAUAGAGAACCUUUGGCGGGCUGAGUGAUGAAAGAAAAUGACUUGUGAAAGAAAAUCCUGUUUCUCACUACAAUGAUCUACACAAAAGAAACACAAUCUCAUUGACCGGUUUUGCAUUCUCAAACCACCCCCUGAAUGUUUCACUAUUUCAAACAUUUCUUGUGGGAAAAAGAGUUUAAAAGGUGUUGGAAGAUGAAGUGUAGGAUAUUUGAAAUGCUCCUCCUCAGAUACACAGAUCACCUUUACACUACACAAUCUGGUUCAAGAGUCCUAGUUCUAGUAUUAAACUGUACACCUACACAAAGCUGUACACCUACACCAGUAUUCAGUGUAAAACGGUGCUAUGCUUACCUGUACUGUAUGUAUGUAUAUCCCUUCUUCUGCUCUUGAACUGUGCUCCUUUUAUCUACCCAAAAGUCAAAUGUAAUAAUAAUCAAAAUUUUGAAGCAAAAUGUUUGCUAUAAUUAUGACCCCCCCCCUCCCCCCACCCUAUUGGUCAAUUUGAAAAUAAAUACAGUUGCAAAUAUUAUACGUGA